AUGCUCCAGGAAUUCUGGAGAAAUGAAUUGUCGGAAGAUGCGGAGGAUAUAGAUGAACGAAGAAUGCUCCAACUAUAUGAGCAGCGACAAACGGUACGUCAAAGAUCUCAAAGUUCUUCCGGUAGAACACAGAGGAGAAGGUAUUUGAAUCGGGAUCGUGAAGUUGGAUAUGCUCGUCUUUUCAAUGAUUACUUUUCUGAUGAUCCGGUAUAUCCUGAUGACAUAUUUCGGCGUCGAUUUCGAAUGAAAAAAGAGUUAUUUCUUCAUAUAGUUGAUGCCGUGAAAAAUCAUUCCGAAUAUUUUCAAUGGAAGGUCGAUGCUGCGGGAAAAAAAGGUUUGUCACCACUUCAGAAAUGCUCAGCGACUAUUCGUCAAUUGGCGUAUGAAGCCCCUACUGAUCAUUAUGAUGAGUAUCUACGGAUUGCUGAAACAACUGUCAUCCAAUGUUUAUUCAACUUUUGCCGAUAUGUAAUUGAAGUGUUUGGGGCCCAAUAUUUACGAAGACCUAAUGCUGCUGAUAUCCAACACUUGCUUGAAAUGCAUGAGCAGAGACAUGGUUUCCCUGGCAUGUUGGGCAGUCUUGAUUGUAUGCAUUGGCAAUGGAAAAAUUGCCCCGUCGCUUGGAAAGGGUCACGCAAUGAUAUCAAUGUGCUUAAUGAAUCACCAUCAUUCAACAACGUCUUACAAGGGAAUGCACCCGAGAUUGAUCCCGCCAUUUCCAACGGCCGAGAUGGCAUAUUGGCAGCACUCGAUCCAUCACAUUAUUCUCAAGACGAAAAUGCCAUCAUGCUCGCGCCGCACGUGUGA